UUUACACCACAGUGAUUGAACUGUACAGAAAUUUUGAAAAAUCGGUGGAAUUCCCCUUUAAAAGUGUAACCAUGCAGCAGUAUAAAACCUAUUAUUAGAUUAAUUAUAGUGAUCAUUGGAGAUGCAGUGUAAAUACACACAAGUCAAAAACGAUCCAUUUAAGGUCCGCUGAAAUCACUUGGAUAUGGAAAUGAUGGAGAGCCGCUGAAGACGGGCCUGUUUUCCCCACCUCGGCCUCUAGACGGUGCUGUAGAGCUCCGCCUUGCGCUUACAAAAAAAAGCCCCCAGAACCACAACAACAACAUUUCACCUUCUUUUCCUCCUCGUAAGCCAAAAUGCUGGAGCCCGUUUGAGCGAGCAUGGAGCGCGUUCGCCCGUCGAGUGCAACGACCGUCGGUGGCGACGCGAGCAGACUUUAAAACACAGCCGAAGAAAAAAGAAGGGAGAAAGAAAGGAGAGAGAAAAAGAGCCGAAGCAUGGCAGUGCGGGAGGACGGCGAGCUCAUCCAGCGCAGCGGUAAGAGCAGGCAGCAGCAGCACGACGGCGCCGCCUCCGCCGCCGAGAGCCUGAGGAACGGCUACGUGAAGGGCUGCGUGACGCCGCUGAGGCAAGACGGCGAGCGCGGGCUGUUGGCUCACGCGUGCCGCCUGUGCGGCGCCUCGGAGCCGCUGCGGGCCUGGGCGGCCUGCGCUGGGGGAGCCCUGGCUGCUCUGGCCGCCGCGUGGCUGCUGGUGACUGCUUCGUCGUCAUCGUCUUCGUCGUCAACGUCGCGCUGGAGCUCGGCGGCGACGGCGCUGCGGGCUUUCGCGGCCGACGCAUGGCACUCGGCGAGCCCGCUGUUCAGCAUCGGCUGUGCCUACUUCUUCCUCACGCUCUACCUGCGGCGGGCCGAGCGGGAGAGCGGCCGCGGCUGGCUGCUCGCUCUGCCCGCGUCCUGCCACCUCGGGGACUGGCUCUUGGCGCGUUUCGUGGAGAACGAGGAUACGGAGGAAGAAGCCCAGGUGGUGGCGGCGAGCCGGCUGCCCCUCGCGCUAGCCUGCGCCGGCUUGCUCACGCUGGCACCCGCAGCUCUCCGGCUCCGCCACAGCGUGCUGGCUCUCGCGCUGGCCGCCGCCGCCUGGCUCGUGGCGCUCGGCGGGCUGGGCCGUGUGCCGCCCGCGCUCAGGCCCGCGCUCGCCGCGCUGGCGGGGACGGGAGGCGCCGCGCUCGCGCUCGCCUUCGAGAGGCGCUACCCGGCGCGGCAGGCCAUGAGCGCCGCCGGAACUGACGAGAAAGUGCCCGUGGUGCGGCCGCGGAGGAGGUCGAGCUGCGCCGCGCUUGGAGAAGCGGCCAGCGCCUGUUACGGAGGAGCCUGGAAGAUGCCUCGCCGGCCUUCGCUGCCGUGCAUAUCCAGAGAACAGAUGAUCCUGUGGGACUGGGACCUAAAACAAUGGUACAAGCCGCAGUAUCAGGGCGCUGCCUUUGGGAAUGGUGUGGACCUCUCUGUAAUAAAUGAAGCCAGGAGCCUGGUGGCGGAGCUGCUGAUGGACUCUUCUCUCUCUCCGCACGUUCUCUCCUCACUGCGCAGUGUGAGCAGCCUGAUGGGUGCCUUCUCAGGUUCCUGCCGGCCACGUGUUAACCCUUUUACCCCGUUUCCGGGCUUUUAUCCCUGUGCCGAGAUGGAGGACCCCUCUGAGAGGGGCGAGAGGAAACCCCCUAAGGGCUUGAGCAGCAGGAACAGUCUGCCUACUCCUCAGCUGAGACGGAGCUCCGCCUCCUCUUCCCUGCCUCCUCUGGAGACGCUCUCAUCCCCUCGCUGGGAGCGCAGUAACGGAAAGAGGCCUCACGCUGAGCUCAGCAGUGGCAGUGUUUCCAGCAGUCAGGGGUCUUUCUCCAAUGGUCCCAACAGCAACCUGCUGACCAUCCCCAAACAGAGAUCAUCCUCUGUAACACUGUCAUAUGGUCACACCGUCCCCAGAAGACCAGGUGCAUCUCCAAGCCUGAGUCCUGUCAGUUCACCAAGCCACAGUCCGCCCGGAGCUCCCAGCUCCACGCUGGUCACCCGCUCGCCAGUGGAGUUCCCCGACACGGCCGACUUCCUCACCAAGCCCAGCGUCAACCUGCACAAGCCGCUGGGCUACACGCUCAGCUCACCGGACUUCCAGCAGUACCGCAGCCCUGCCUCGACCCUGCUGUGCACCAGUUGUGGGCGGCAGAUGGUGAAGGGCGGGUCCAGCGUGGAAGCGGGCGAGAGUCACCCGCCGUCAGCAACCGAUAUGCAGAGGAGACGCUCAGCUGAGGGGGCAGAGUAUGGCGGGGAUGGCCUUAUCAGGGAGGAGAGCGUGGAGGCAGAGGCUCAGGGAGAAGGCACUGCGGCUGCUGGAAAGGCCAGAGAGCGAGGGCAGCCUGACGAAGAGGUGGAGGAGGAGGAGGAAAGCUCCAGUGUGGAACACACCCCAUUCGAGCCUGAGGGUGAGCAGGAGUUUAAGUUGGACCCCCUGUUGGAGGACCACGAAGCCUUGAUGGAGAAGCUCAACAGCUGGAACUUCCAGAUAUUCGAUCUUAUGGAAAGAACAGGAGGGAAGACGGGGAGAAUCCUCAGCUAUGUGGCGUACACUUUGUUCCAGGACACGGGUCUGUUUGAAAUCUUCAAAAUCCCAGUCCGGGAAUUCAUGACGUACUUCUGCGCUCUAGAGAACGGCUAUCGUGAUAUUCCCUAUCAUAAUCGUGUCCACGCCACAGACGUCCUCCACGCGGUGUGGUACCUGACCACAAGGCCGAUCCCAGGCUUUCAGCAGAUCCACAACGAACACGUGACGGGAAGUGACACAGAUUCGGACAGCGGCAUCUCCCCAGGCAGAGUGUCCUACGCCUCCUCUAAAAGCUGCUCUAUCUCAGACAACAGUUAUGGUUGCUUGGCCUGGAAUGUCCCUGCCCUAGAGCUAAUGGCACUAUAUGUAGCAGCUGCUAUGCAUGACUAUGAUCACCCUGGUCGCACAAACGCCUUUCUUGUAGCCACUAACGCCCCACAGGCGGUGCUGUACAACGAUCGCUCAGUUCUGGAGAACCACCAUGCUGCCGCUGCAUGGAGUCUUUUCUUGUCACAGCCCGAGUUCAACUUCCUGUCCAACCUGGACCACGUUGAGUUCAAGCGUUUCCGCUUUCUCGUUAUCGAGGCCAUUCUCGCCACAGACCUGAAGAAGCACUUUGACUUCCUAGCGGAGUUCAAUUCCAAGGUUAGUGAUGUGAACAGCCCAGGUAUUGACUGGACUAAUGAAAACGACAGGUUGCUGGUUUGCCAAAUGUGCAUCAAGCUGGCAGAUAUCAAUGGGCCAGCCAAGGAACGCAGUCUUCACCUGAAAUGGACAGAGGGCAUCGUCAAUGAGUUUUAUGAGCAGGGUGAUGAGGAGGCAGGUCUAGGAUUACCCAUAAGCCCUUUCAUGGACCGCUCUAUGCCACAGCUGGCCAAGCUUCAGGAGUCCUUCAUCACACACAUUGUUGGACCUCUCUGCAACUCGUAUGAUGCGGCUGGACUGCUCCCAGGCUACUGGAUCGACGAGGAGGGCUCAGAUGAGGAGGAAGAGGAGGAGGCUGAAGACACUGAAACUGAUGAUGAAGAGCUCGAUGAGGAGCUGAACCUGAAAUCCAGGAAGGGCCGACGCCGUCUGUUCUGCAACAUCAUGCAGCACCUGACUGAGAACCACAAAGAGUGGAAAAAUAUCAUGGAGGAGGAGGAGAAGAGCAAGGAGCUCCAGCAGCAGCAGCAGCAGGCUGACAGCCCGAGCCUUCCUCCCUCCUCCUCGUCCUCUGACGACAUCCAGGUCAUUCAGGAGGAAGCUGAAGAGGAGGAGCGUCAGUAGCAGCGGGAGUGAGCUGAUUGGCUGUGGCAUGAAGCUCCGGGAGGGACUAAAGCAAAGGGCGCUCACUCUUGGCCCUCCCACCCCUCCACAGAAACUCACAUACACACAUGCACAUAACAGACACGGACACACACAGCCCAAAUCGACACCCACGGGGAGACCCUGCUGGAUCUCCCACACUGAAAUCAGUCACUGUGCCGACACUCUGACGUUACCGCAGUUCAUGUUGUGUUGGAAGA